CGGGUGUAACUGACUCGUUGAGAAGCGACUACGCUGACUCUCCCUCUGACCAUCUCUCUUCAAUUAUCUUCCUCCUUCACCUAAUACGUUGGUAGCUCCCAACCGUCUCUGCAAUUUCAACCUAGGGUUUUCCGUCACUUCCAACAAUUACAAACAACAGAUAAUCUCCAAUGGCUGUGGUCAAGGAUGCGGAACAAGAAUUCAAGCCGCCCAAGAAGAAAACAUCUUCUGAUGAGGAUGAUAAGAGGAGAAAGAAGAUGAUUCCGGGAGGCUUGAUGAAGGCUGUGAUUAGACCAGGAGGUGGUGAUGCUACGCCUUCUGACGGUGAUCAGGUCAUAUAUCAUUCUACUGUCCGUACUCUAGAUGGUGCGGUUGUUGAGUCUUCUCACUUGGAAUUUGGUGGCAAAGGCACCCCAAUAAGGCAGGUUUUGGGUAAGAGCAAGAUGAUAUUAGGGCUGCUAGAAGGAAUCCCAACAAUGUUGAAGGGUGAAAUUGCAGUGUUAAAGAUGAAGCCGGAAUUGCAUUAUGGCGAGGAUGACUGUCCAGUUUCUGUUUCCGAUAGCUUUCCGAAGGAUGCGGAACUUAAUUUUGAGAUUGAGCUGAUAGAGUUUUCAAAAAUCAAGGUUGUAACCGAAGAUUUGGGAGUCUUGAAGAAGGUUUUACAUGAGGCACAGAGUUGGGAAAACCCGCGAGAUCUAUAUGAAGUUAAAGCCAGGAUUUCUGCCAAGUCUGGGGAUGGACAACCACUUCAAUCACAUAUUACUGGCCAACCAAUUCUCUUCACUUUUGGAAAAUCUGAGGUACCUAAAGGUCUUGAAAUGGGUAUAGGAACAAUGUCACGGGGAGAGAAAGCAGUGAUCUAUGUUACAAGUCCAUACUUAAGCCUAAACCCUCUUAUACCUUCUGUAGAAGGUGUUGAAGAAGUUCACUUUGAAGUGGAACUCAUUCAUUUUAUUCAGGUGCGGGAUGUGCUAGGAGAUGGCCGUCUAAUAAAACGCCGCAUUAAAGAUGGCAAAGGUGAAUUUCCUAUGGAUUGCCCUCUUCAAGACAGUCGACUGCGUGUGCAUUACAAGGGCAUGCUUAUAGAUGAAGAAAAGACGGUUUUCUAUGAUACAAGAGUUGAUAAUCAUGGUCAACCGUUGGAGUUUUCAUCAGGGGAAGGGCUUGUACCUGAAGGUUUUGAGAUGUGUGUUCGAUUGAUGUUGCCUGAAGAGAUAUCACUUGUUACCUGCCCCCCUGAUUAUGCAUAUGACAAGUUUACCAGGCCAGCUAAUGUUCCUGAAGGUGCUCAUGUUCAAUGGGAGAUUGAGCUGCUUGGUUUUGAAAUGCAAAAGGACUGGACUGGCAUGGACUUUAGAGCUAUUAUGGAUGAUGUUGAGAAGACCAAAGGCACGGGUAACAGGCUAUUCAAAGAAGGAAAAUUUGCACUUGCCAAAGCAAAGUACGAGAAGGUUCUACGCGAAUUCAAUCAUGUCAAUCCACAAGAUGACGAGGAGGGAAAAGAGUUUGGGAAUACAAGAAAUCUGUUGAAUCUGAAUGUGGCUGCCUGCUACCUGAAGAUGGGGGAUUGUCGAAAGUCAAUCGAGACAUGUAAUAAAGUAUUAGAUGCAAAUCCUGUUCAUGUGAAAGCGCUUUAUAGACGAGGAAUGGCUUACAUGGCGGCUGGCGAUUUUGAGGAAGCAAGGAGAGAUUUUAACAAGAUGAUGACCAUUGACAAAUCAUCCGAAGUCAAUGCAAAGGCAGCUCUUCUUAAAUUGAAGCAGACAGAGCAGGAAGUAGAGAAGAAAGCUCGGAAGCAGUUUAAAGGACUAUUUGACAAGAAGCCUGGGGAAAUAUCAGAGGUUGGUGUAGAUGAUAAAGGAAAAGAGACUAUGACGGAAAAUGAUGAUGAUGAUGCACAGGAACCCUUCAUUUCUAGCCAGGAAGAGAAGGAUGGUGAUGGAGAUGCACCACAGGCUCCAGGUCCUGCUCGUAUGGGGUCUUUUUCGCAAUUGUUGACCAGUGGUAUGAAUCUAUUCAAGUCUCUUGGGGUGAACAGAUGUGCUAUAUUGUAAAGAAAAUAUUUUCAAAACCCGAAACAAGUGUGGGUUAUAAUACUACGCUACAUAACGAAAAAUAGUUAGCAAUAUGCCACAGGAAUCACAAGUACUGGUUUGUCCUAAAGGAGGCAGGCACUAACUAGUAAGAACCCUUUUUCUGGAGUUAGAAUGGCCAGAACAUUUUUACUGGCAUCCUCUUUUGUCUUCUGCAAAUGAAUGCAUGUGUUGGAUGUUUUGUUUCUUGGGCAAA